UUCCUUAACCUCCUCCAUUUCUCUAUCUCCGCAGCGCGCAGUCUAUCUGCCAGCAAUGGCCACCGUCACGCCGCUAACCUCCUCCCCGCUCCGCGGCCACCUCCUCCAACACCGCGCCCGCCGCCUCCACGCCAAGCACCAACCCCAUCGCCGCCUCGCGCCCCUCCCGCGCCGCCUACCACGCACCGCGCGGCUCUACUGCGCCUGCGCGCCGGACGGAGGCGGCAGCGAGGUAUCGGCCCCUCCCGCUCCCCCAGCCGCCGAGGAGCAAGCGCCGCAGGAGCAGCGGCAGGAGGAGGAGUUCACACUCCUCGCGGUCAACCGCAGCGACUUCAACGAGGUCAUCAUGGUCAUCGACUCGCCCGCCGCGCGCUACCUCGUCCUCGACCAAAGCCGGAAUGUCCACAGCAUUCUCCCGAAAACCAGUGUUUGGACCAACUCGUAUUGGGAUGAGUUCGUGAGCCUGCCAGCUAUUGUCCCUCGCGGUCCUGUUGCACUUCUAGGUUUGGGUGCUGGGACAGCAGCACAUCUGAUGCUAAAGUUUUGGCCUUGGUUACAACUUGUCGGCUGGGAGAUUGAUCCUAUGAUAAUUGAAUUGUCAAGGGAUUAUUUUGGUAUGUCUGAUUUAGAGAAGACUACAGAAUCAGGUGGUUCACUUUCUGUGCGCAUUGGUGAUGCACUUUCUCCAUCAGCUGCAAUUGAAGGAGGAUUUGCUGGAAUUGUUGUAGACUUGUUUGGUGAUGGAAAGAUCAUACCCCAGCUACAAGAAGUUGAAACUUGGUUGCAAAUUGCAAAAAAAUUAAUGCCAGAUGGUAGAAUUAUAGUGAAUUGUGGCGGAGCAGAUGCUGCUGUAUCUCUUACAGAAGAUAGCAGUCCUUCGUCCUGGGUUCAAAAUCCUACAAUUAAGGCACUAUGUUCCGCAUUUCCUGGGCAGCUAAAUUGGAAGAGACUAUCAGAGAAAGAGAGUGUAAAUUAUGUUGCACUGACGGGUCCACUUCCAGACUUGGAUGAGUGGUCGGCUUCAGUUCCUGGUGAGCUGAGCGCAAAAGUGAAACAAUGGGUACCUUGCGAGCUUGCGUGAGGACGGACAUUUUCUUCUAGUUGCACCUAAUUUUAUUCAACAACUUGUCUAUCCCCUCUCUCCAUGCUCCUUUAACCUCUGGUGAGUAAGCUCAGCUGUCGGUGGGUACCAUUCACCGUACUUCAUUACUGGAUCGGCUAGCAUCCUAUGCGCCCAUCCGGCACAUUGAAAAUCUUGUCAUUCUCGUCUUUUUACUUCAAGGUGUGUUUAUGGCAUCAUCUGCAUCUGAAGCAGUACUGUAUAAACACCCAGAUGUUCGUGGGAUACCAGUGGAAAAGGUAAUCUUUCUGGACCCAAUUUUGUUACUGAACUCUGAAGCACAGCACAGCUAAGGGCAAGCACAACUGCCUGAAUCUUGGUAGCACGCCAAGGCAAAAUUUGCAGCAAGAAGAUUGGAACCCAUACUGCAAUACAUUCUUGUCAUCUGGUGCCAGCAUUCAUGCCUUUGUGGUGUCGCAAAGCGACAAUUUCAUUUGUCUGAACAGUUGUCCAGUAGCAUUCACUGACAAUGACUAUUCUUCAGUAGCGAUCUCUGAUGGCUAUAUGUUAGUUGCCUGGUGUUUUGUGGAUGAGCUGAAUCAAAGCACCAGAAUACUCAUGCUUGACGCUUGUUGUGCUUUGGAUACCGUGUUUGCUCACCAUAUAUGUACUGAAUGUUCAUGGUCUUUAGCUUCGACCCCUCAGUUGAGUGA